AUGGUCAGAGAGAGGUUCUGUUGUGAUGAUGAGACGGGCGAAGUUAUAACCUAUCAAGUGAACGAUGAGACAGGAGAGCGAGCGCUGGUUAAUAAUUUACCUAAAAUUUACGUUGACGACCGAAUGUCUGACAAUCGCAAACUCUUGGCAUUUCCUACGGGAUACGUGAACAAAAACAAAAAGUUUCGAGAUCUCAAAGAGAAGAUUAUCACAGGCGCUAACACAACAAGUCCUAGGAUGUUGCUAGUGAUACCCACACUCCUGAUUUUCCACAGUUUUGUUUGUGUGAUACUAAUGCUGCUGGAAAUAUUUUUGCACAUCAGAUGCCACAAGAAGAACAAAAAUUUGAAAGAUCCAAACUUAUAUUACAGAAGUCCAUUCCAUGUUAUUACUGCUACCUUCUGUGGGUGGUGUCGUGAAUGUGAUAUGGCAUCCAAAAUUGGGCAAAUACAGGACAAAAGAAGAUAUAAAUAUGAUUACCUUAGAGGUGCAAUAUAA